AUGACGAAAGACACUGAAUCGUAUCGCGCCCUUAACCUUCCCCGUGUCCUUCCAGGCGCUAUGAACCUUGUUCCGAGAGCAGACUCUAAUGGCGCCGCCCUUGCAGGUCUAGGCGUUGGGUUUCGAGGCGGAAAGCGUCUCGCCGGAAAGGAGGAGGGGCCUCUGGGGCGCCGCCUGCUGUCCUGCCUCAUGCUGGGGCUGCCGCUCGUCCUGCACCCGGUCAUCUUCCUCCGCCUCCUCCUUCACCGCCUCCUGACCUCCAUGCACCACCUCACCAAGUGGAAGUCGUGCACGUCGCGCUCGUCCUGGACCUCGCACUCGUCGGAGGUGUGGCGCGCGCGGUCCCGCACCUCCUCCUCGGAGACCGACGCCUCCACGCUGCGCAAGAGGCGCAGGGUCAACCUCACGCUCGACUUCGCCGAGGCCUGCCCCGAGGAGCCGCCCCUGUCGCCCGCCUCGCAGGAGGACCUCCGGCGCACGUCGGCCACGCCGUCGCGCGCCAACAGCGAGGACGCGCAGCUCAAGCUCCACCACAGGAAGGUGUCGACGCCCGGCAGCGCGCUCUCGCAGCCCGGCUCCGGGGGGCGCCGUCUCCGGGACACCCUGGCCGCCAUCAGCACCACCGACGUCAGCGUGACGCUGCAGCAGCUGCUGCCGGCGCGCCUGCGGGCCGCCGAGUCGCACAACUCCAUCAGCAGCUCGUCGAAGGGCACGACGCCCUCGUCCUCGCCCUCCAUCUUCCAGAAGAGGAGCUUCCGCUUCUCGAGCCUGCACAAGAAGCGCUCCAAGUCCGUGCACGACCAGAUCAACUCCUCGGGCUCCACGCCCAACAUCUCGCAGUCGCGCAACGACCUGGCGUCCUGCGAGGAGGACAUCGUGGCCUUCCAGAGGCAGCUGCAGAACCUCCCGUCGUACGAGCUCAUGGACGCCCCCGACCUGCAGACCCCGCCCCCCUUCCGGCAGCGCUCGCGCUCCGUGCCCAGGGUCACGUUCGAGAGCAUGUCCACGCUGCUGGUGCCGCGCCCCACGCCCAUCGGCCGCUCGCCCACCACCACGGGGGCGGACUUCAACACCGGCCUGCUCUCGACGCACCUGACGCUGCCGCCGAGCCCGCACCUGUCGCCCACCACGCACCUGUCGCCGCACCACUUCCCCGUCCCGCACCUGUCGCCGUCUCGCUCCGCCCACAACAUCGCCUCGUCCACGCCCCUCCACUCCCCGGGGAUGGCCUCGCCGCACAACCUGGCGUCCCCGGCGUCCUCGCACGUGUCCCAGGGCUCGCCGCGCCCCAGCUCCCCCUUCCUGUCCCCCGGCUCCCCCUACUCCCCCCACUCCCUGUCCUCGCCGCGCCUCAGGUCGCCGGCGCUCUCCCCCAUCACGCCCCCGCGCUUCCCCCCGACGCUGGCGGGCAACGUGGACGACGCGCCGCUCUCCGCCCUGCCCUCCAGCCUGCAGGCGGGCGGGGAGGACCUGCGGGGCGUGGCGUCGUCCAGGUCCAGCUCCGUCACGCCCACGAGGUACCGCCGCUUCGACUCGCCCGUGUACAUCGUGGUCGACAUCCCGGCCGUGCAUCGGGCGGUCCUCCAGUGCGUCGAGGAGUGGCUGCAGUCAGGCGGCGUGCAGGUCGAGGGCAACCCGACAGUGGCCCGCGAACUCAGCGAAUUCCUGACGCGGGUGGCCCAGUGCGGCGCCCCUACCAGCAGUGGUGCGACGACCUGCGAUCCCACUGGAACAUCACGGACAUAGACGGCAGCGAAGACGAAGAAGAAAGUGUGGAACAAAUAAAUCGAGAUUAUUGCAAGGUAAGUG